UACAAAUCGGCUCUGCAUGUUAAUGUAUUUCAAUUGAUGCCACGCCAUUUCCAAAUUUGGUGUGGGAGGUUCCCAAGAGAUGCAACAAACAGGAAAAAAAUAGGACCCAUUUUUAUUAAAUAAUUGCUUAGAAAAGUGACGCAAAUAUACACAGGAGAAAAAUAACUAAAUGUACGCAUCGCCAACCGCUAUAAAACCCAUUAAAUAAAAAGAAGAACAAAACGUACAGUGCCAAAGUUAGCACGAGGAAAAUACGAGAUGAACCUGUCAGAUCUUCGGUGGACACUAGGUGGCAGCAAUGUUAAUCUUUAUUACAUUCUCACUGAAUGACUGCCACAGGUACAAAGUAAAUAUAUUCUCUAGGAAAUUCAAAUUUAACAUCUUGAAUAAUAGAUCUGUCGAAAGUGUGAAGAAAUCCUUGAAAUUAUUGCUCUUUGAUAAGAGAUAUUGAGAGACGCGUAACGUUAACCUGACUGAACACAUCCGUCGAUCCGCUUAAUUCCACCAGUGCAACUAAAACCAAGGCAAAACUAGUUUGAUCGAGCCAGGUGAAAGGUUAAAUCUGACCUCUGGGGUAACCUAAACAGGUUAAUGCAGACAACCAUGGAUGUUGAAACGGAGCUUUUCUCUCCGAUGGAAGAUAGAAGUGUUCUUGGUCUGAAGAUCCCCAACGUUGCCUCAGAAAAUGAUGGCCGUACAAUCUUAGUGCAUGUACUGGAAUUUAAAACAAGUCUUCUUAAAGCAGUCGAGGAGUUACACAUUCACAGGGAUUCUGAAAAACGACACGAGGAGCAGAUUUGUAAGCUUGUGCUGGAGAAGCAAGAGUUAGAAUGGCAGACGGAGUCCUUACGAAACAAGAUCUCUAGAAUGUCAAAUGAGAAUUCAGAGUCACUUGCUGCUGUAAAAAAGCAGUUUCAGGCCCAGAUCAGAAAAAUGGAGGGAGAAGAGGGGAAAAUCCAGCUUACUGCUGAACUCAAGGACAAAGAGAUCACGAGCCUCAAGGAAGAACUAAAACUGCUCCAGUUGCUCAGGUACAGUUUGGAGAAUAAAUUAGCCGAGCUGGAGCAGAAGUUGCAGUUGCAGACACAGUUAAAAGACAGCCACCUGAAUCAACUGGGAGAGGUGGAGAGGCGCUUCGGCGCCGUAUCCAGACAGUGCGCCGUGGUCAAGCAGGCCCAUGAGAAACUCGAGCAAAACGUUGAAGAGGCCAUGCGGAUUAAUACAAAACUUAAAUCCAUCAAUGUAAAACAAGAAUCUACCAUUACAGCCUUACAAAAGGAUGUGGAUAGACUUAACAAGCAGCUAGUCACACUGAAGGUAUCAUCAGUCUGCAAACCUGGAGAUGAGCAUCUACAAAAUGUUUUGAAAGAACAGCAGCUUCAGGAAUUUCAACAGAGGCUUCUUGUGGAAACAGAAUUUAACAAGAAACUGAGGAAUGAAACUGCUACAGAGAGGGCAGAGAAGCAGGAGGUAUUUAGGUCCCUCCACCAUACUCAUUGUUUGCUUCAGACACAGACAGAAGCUUUGAGCCGAGCAGAGCAAGAACUUCAAACACUACAAGAGGAAUAUCAGGUCCUUAAAGCAGAACAUGAAUUGAAUCAGGAGAGGACCAGAGAAGAGCAGGACAGUUUGGCUCGCCUUAGAGACAAGCACCAGAAUUCAAAGCUUGAUUGGGAGAAAAAGAUGCUGCAGCUUCAAAAGACGACCGAGGUAGAUCAGGUCGAGCUGAAAGCUGUGAAAGAGGCUUAUAAUCAGCUCCAGGAGGAGAAUAAACGGCUGUCUGCUGUCUGUCUAGACCAUAACACUGAAGAUAUUCCAAACUCACAGGUUAAAUGUCUAUUGAAUGGUUCAAAACGUCAAGAAAGCCAAUCUCUGGAAAGUAGAACCGUUGGUGAGAUCAACCUUAUUAAGCUGGACGUUCUCCAUGAAGAUGAGUCUUUAAAGGAGGACCUGUUUAGUCCUCAUAAUGACGUGGAACCAACAGGCCGUCCCCUUAAAAGCGUUCCAGAUGAAAGCACCGCUGACUGUCAGAAGGAUAGAGAAGAUCACGAUGACAGCCGGUUUCUUAAAAUUUCACUGCAGGUGGAUCGAGCAAUAACCCACGUGUCCACAUCUGCAGAACCUGAUAUAUCGGUUUCACUCAUGUCUGAUGAGAUCUCAGGACUUGAGGAAGCCACUGCCAUGACAAAUCAGCUGUCAAACUUGUGUGCUGAAACAGAUGUCUGUGACGGUGAGACGGACUGCAAUGCGGUUGAUAAAGGAUGCCCCUCGAACCAAACCCGAUGUGACGCAGACAGCCCCACCGAGCUAUCAGUUCCGGAAACCAGCUCUGUUUAUGAGGUAGACAGUGACCCUUUGGCUUUGGAACCGAAAGAUGGAACGCUGGAACAGAAUCUGUGUAUUUCUGAUGUGACUGAACCCCAGACAUCAGAUAAACACACAGACAGCCAGCGAUGUGCUACGUCUCAGGAAACAAAGACUGUGUGCACGGAAAUCAUAGACAACCAGACCGCACCUGAAUUUCUCAAGAGUCUGUCACAAACAGAAGAUCAUACGAAUACAAAGAGACUUCCAGAAGACAAAACAUGCAACAUUACACAUGUGUCUGGGGACGGGAUUGUGGGCCGACCGAGUCAAUGGCAGGAAGCCACACACCAGGAAACAGUACCCUUUAAUGAUGCACUAUUAGACCUUCAUGAGUCCAAAGAUCGAUUCUCACCACCUGAAAUGAUCUCUGCACAAACACAAAGUUGUGUUUCAGAAACAGUUGACUCAGCUGAAACAAAGCUUGUAGAGUUUCAACAGUUGCCAUCGGUUGCUGGCGCUUUGGAACCAUCCGCUCAAUCCAGUUUACACUCAGACUCAAUGGAGAUCAUAUCAGAAAAUACAGAUCAAAAGGAUGAUUGUGCUUCUGCUUCAUGGACACGGACUUUGGAAGUUCAACAGAGUGAAGUGGAUGUUUCUAGCGAAGCGGUUUUUGUACAUCCAAACAUUACAAACCCAAACCAAGAUUCUUCCUCAGCUGAUGGUUUUCUGAAAGAUGUUGACCACAUAUGCAUGACAGCGGUGGGUGCUUCAAACCAUGCAGGAUAUAAGAGAUAUCGAUCGUCUUAUGGAUGGGACACGUUUUUGAAAAACAAAAUGAACACGCAGGCAAAAUGCGCAGAUAGAAACGUUGAUCAUUCGGUGGGCAAUAGAAACAGCAAACCUAGCUUGGCCUUAACGCCAUCAACAUCCUGCAAAUCAGAGCAGAGAACUUCUGGAUUUCCUGAGUUUGUUUCUCCUUUUUGUGCUCCUCGUUUUACAAAAAAAGCCGUGAUGAAGACCCCUGACACUCCAAACAAGCGUCCUCACCAAAAAAGCAAUUUCCGAGGAGAAUGGAACGCAAUCAAGCAGUCUUUUUCAGAAAUGUUUACAGAAAAAGAGAGUCAAUUUCUUAUCCCCUACAGCUCGACUCUGAGUGGCGUCCUGGCCUCUUCUUCUGUGGGUAAUGGGUUGCGACAGGACGGUACUCCUACUGUUUUUACACCCAAAUUGCAGAACCUGGAGACAGAGACUCGACCAGUGGAUGAAGGGGUUACAGCUCAUUCAGAAAGCAAAGAGGAACAGAGUCAGUCUGACAUAGUGGCCCAGAUUGCGAAAAUCGACGAAUUGAUGUCAUCGGAAGGUUUAACACCUCAUAAAAUACGCAAAUUAGAUUAAAUAGAAUUUGAAAUUGUUACUUGGCACUGGAAUACGUUUUAUGCUUAAGUAAUGUUAUUUGAAGUGGUUCAAUAUUUAGUUUUGAAAAUCCCUGUGUUAAUUGUUUACUACGUUUCUAGUGGCCAUUAAAUAAAUGUUAUUUCAGGCAA